AUGAGCUGUACUGGGGGCCUGCAGUCUGACAGAGAUCAGCUGCGCUGCUCUGGCCUCAGCUCUGAAGUCCAACCCCUCCCAUCUGAGAGAGCUGCACCUAGUUACAACCCUCUGCAGGAUUCAGGAGUGGAGCUGCUGAGAGAUCUUCUGGAGAGUCCUCACUGCAGACUGGAGACUCUCAGACUGGAGAACUGCAGUCUGACAGAGAUCAGCUGUGCUGCUCUGGCCUCAGCUCUGAAGUCCAACCCCUCCCAUCUGAGAGAGCUGGACCUGAGUUACAACCCUCUGCAGGAUUCAGGAGUGGAGCUGCUGAGAGAUCUUCUGGAGAGUCCACUCUGCAGACUGGAGACUCUCAGACUGGGGGCCUGCAGUCUGACAGAGAUCAGCUGUGCUGCUCUGGCCUCAGCUCUGGAGUACAACCCCUCCCAUCUAAGAGAGCUGGACCUGAGUUACAACCCUCUGCAGAAUUCAGGAGGGAAGCUGCUGAGAGAUCGUCUGGAGAGUCCUCACUGCAGACUGCAGACUCUCAGGAUCCGAGACGAGACGAUCAGAGCCAAGAUCUAGAAGAGCUGUGACUCAGGAACAGGAAGUGAGGACACACAGAAAGACAAAUCUGCAGCUCAGGUUUGAGUUGUUCUCAGUUCAGCUAUUACGGGGCGAGUCUGAGACAUACGGAGGAGCGUGGAGGCACUUUGGAAGAUAAUCAAGAAGGCAUCAGCUGAUGAGAGACUUCCUGUCAGCUGUCCUCAAUAUUAAAUGAACUAAAACAAUCGAUUGUACUUUUUCAACGGUAAUUCAAAUCAUACGGUAUAAAGUUCAUGGUAUUUGGUGUAAACCGGUUUACCACCCAGCACUAGGUGUGGUUGUAGUCCGGUGUUGAGAGGGGAGUAGCCGCUGCAGGCAGUCUCUCCUCUCUGGCUAAUAUGGUUCGCCCUGCUUGGACGGCUGGUGGCCAGACUUCCUCCUCCAGGCCCCGCCCGUUAAAGGAGAGAUGAUCCUACGGCUUGGAGGCUGUUCCUGAUUGGUGCAGGAGGAUAAUGUGCUGGGAACAAACUGCCAGAGAGACACUCCCAUUUCUCCACCAGCAGCCGGCGCUAUACCCUCACCUAAAAAACAACCUUUUUUUUUUGCAAUCACAUCAAUUCAAAAAUUGACAGAGUACAAUUUACACUCUACUCGGUUCUCGAGUAGAAGUACUCAGAUCUUGUUCUUGAGUAAAGUACAAGUGUAACCCUUCUGAAAGAAGGUGUGUGUGUGUGUGUGUGUGUG